ACAGCUCACUGACUGCGACUAGAAUUUUUCUUGAUUUGGAUUUAGUUUAGUAUUAAUUAUUCAAGAUUCUCGAACUUUUUCACCCUGGAAUCAAAAUGAGAGAGAGAGAGAGAGAUAGAGGAGAAGAAUAGGCGGAGAUGGGCAAACGGGAUGGAGAAGGGAAAGCAAACAUAAGAACAAUCUUAGUUUUCGCGUCAGUAAGUAUGGAAAGUAAAUACGAGAGUUACUUAUGCCUUUGUAUUUCUGGCAAGAUAGAUGUUGAAUGAGCGAGUGUACGUUUCUUUAGGGCGUCAUCCAGUUGUUUCAGGGUAAGGUACUGAUGAAUUUAGAAAGGUUUUGUUUAUACUAUGGCUCAGAUCUUGACCUGCCGGGCUGUGAUGCUACCUGCAGGUAUCACUAACAGUCUGAGUGAUCAUACCAUCUACCAGGAGGUUUGAUCUCGACGGGACCACGAGGGUGAUAACUCCCGGAAUCGACUACAGGUGGGUAGGCUACAGGUAGCAGCAACAGUAGUAGUAGCAGCAGCAGCAGUAAUAACAGGAGCAGCAGCAGCAACAACAUCGUUGACCAAGUAUAACAUGUUAGUGACAGUGUUGUUUUCCUCCCAAGUGAAGGUUGCGGAGCGUGUGAUGGUGUGGGCAACAGGCGCCCCCCGUGAGAGGCGGGCUGGGGCACACACCCCCUGCGGCUGCUCCCCGCCUCGUGACCCUACACCACCUGCCAAGUGAUGAACCGCUGGCCGGAGGGGCUCUACCAGAGCGUCCUCGGCGUUGAUGGCCCCUCACACAACAUCAGACGCAACCGCUUGCGGGCACUCAAUGGCGCUGUACCCGCUGCCUUCGGCAGUCAUCCGACUCCUACAGACCCAGACCGAGAGAACACUGAUGACUCCGGGAUGGGCGCCGACCUGGAGGGUGAAGACCGCGAGGGCGGGGCCAAAAUGGCUAGUGACGAUGACGAGGAAGAGGACGAGGACGAGGAGGAGGAGGAGGAGGAGGAGGAACCCAAGACUAGGAGGACUAGCAGUGCUGGCACCGAACGGCAACGCCGACCCUCUUACACCUGCUACCAUGGGGCACCGCUGCCUCGUGGAGCGGCACCCAGGGUGGCACGGAGGGCCCGACCCCGCCCUCUUCGUAAUCUAGACAUGCUGCAACUGGCCGCCGGGGCCACCGUCAUGCUGGCACCCCUCACUCCAGAGCUUCUCAGGUAACUUACACUCAAACCAGCCUGCCACAGGCACUGGUCAGGCAUCAUGUGGAGCAUGCGGUACUGCGGGCUUACACUACACAAAGUUAUGGUCUCACAUUGCAGAAUUAGUUCAGGGAUUAUUACGGUACUAUCCUUUUUUUAG